GGGGAAAGGGGAAGAGGCCCGACCCGCCCGGCUUCACUAACAUGACAGCGGCCAUUUCGGAGAUUACUUCCCGGCCUUCCUUAGCGACCUGACGUCUCGGGGCCCGGGAGCACCUGUUCCCCCGGCGCGGUGUGGCACCCCUGGCUUCAUGGAACCGAGCUUCCCAGUGACGUCAUACGCGGAGGCUUCCGGUUCCCGCUCUUGAGGUUGGACUCACGUGCAGGCGUUUCCAGGACUCCCUUGGCUCCUCCAGUCUUUUAGUGGAGGGGCUGGUCCUCUGGGGGGACCGUGCAGAGCCCCCGUCUCUAUCCAUAGGUUAAAGUCCAUGAAACCAUUGCACUUGUGCCUUGUAACAUACGGGGAAAGCAAAAGAGAAUGAAAAUGCACUCAGCUAGUCGGUGGUGCCUGAGCAUCUAGGCAGUUCUUCAGUCAUCAUGGGUAUCCGAGGACUAAUGAGUUUUGUAGAAGAUCAUAGUAAUGAGUUCUUCACUGAUUUGAAGGUGCGGGACACAAAAAUUGUCAUUGACGGCUAUGCUCUCUUCCACCGGCUUUGCUUCAACUCAAACUUGGAACUUCGAUAUGGAGGGGACUAUGACUCUUUUGCAGAUGUUGUACAAAAAUUCUUUGAAUCACUGUUUGCUUGUAAUAUCUGUCCAUAUGUUGUGUUAGACGGAGGAUGUGACAUUUCAGAUAAAAAGCUUAAAACUUUAAAGGAUCGAGCCAGAGAGAAGAUCCAGAUGGCUCAUUCCCUUUCUGUUGGUGGGGGUGGGUAUGUGUGUCCCUUACUCAUCCGGGAAGUGUUCAUACAGGUUUUAAUCAAGCUACAGGUGUGUUUUGUCCAAUGCUUUUCAGAAGCAGAUCGGGACAUUAUGACACUGGCUAAUCAUUGGAAUUGCCCUGUGUUAUCGUCAGAUAGUGACUUUUGCAUUUUUGACCUAAAAACUGGGUUUUGCCCACUGAAUAGCUUUCAGUGGAGAAAUGUGAGCACUAUCAAAGGCACAGGAGACUGCUAUAUCCCUGCCAAAUGCUUUUCCAUUGACGCACUCUGCCGUCACUUCAGCAAUAUGAAUAAAGCUCUCUUACCUCUCUUUGCGGUGCUGUGUGGAAAUGAUCAUAUCAAUCUACCCAUCAUGGACACAUUCUUAAGUAAAGUCCGUCUGCCUCUUGGAGCUACCAGUUCAAAGGGGAGGAGACACCACCGAGUUUUGGGACUUCUGAAUUGGUUAUCUCAUUUUGCCAACCCUACCGAAGCACUAGAUAACGUUCUGAAAUAUCUCCCAAAAAAGGAUCGAGAAAAUGUGAAGGAAAUUCUCUGCUGUUCCAUGGAAGAAUACCAGCAAUCCCAGGUGAAGUUGCAGGACUUCUUCCAGUAUGGUACUUAUGCCUGUCCUGCCGCCUUGAAUCUGGAUUUACCAGAAUGGGUAUUAGUGGCAUUGGCCAAAGGCCAGCUAUCUCCUUUCAUCAGCGACGCUUUGGUGCUAAGACGGACCAUUCUUCACACACAGGUGGAAAAUAUGCAGCAACCAAAUGCCCACAGAAUAUCUCUGCCCAUCCGUCAAAUCAUCUAUGGGCUUCUUUUGAAUGCUUCCCCACAUCUGGAAAAUGUGUCCUGGAAUGCGUUGCCUUCUCAGCCUCCAGCUUUCAGCGAAGUGGAAAGGAUUAAUAAAAAUAUCAAGACAUCAAUUGUUAAUGCAGUAGAACUGCCCAAGGAUUAUUCUGACUUAAGCAAAUUGACUGAGCUCUCCUUGGCCAAAAGGCAGAUACUUCUGUUAGAAACCCUGAAGGUGAAACAGACCAUCCUGGAGCCAAUCCCUUCUUCAUUGAAGUUGCUCGUUUCAGUCAGUUGCUACUGGUUGCAGCACACAGAGGCCAAGGCAAAGCUACAUCACCUGCAGGCCUUACUGCUAGGGAUGCUGAUGGGGCCCUUACAUGUCAUAAUCAACAGCCCUGAUAAGGAAGAUCUGCGGGAGGAUGGUGCUAGGAUGUUGUAUGAAGAGUUCCAGAGAGUGAAGGAGCAGACACGGCCGGGCACGAGACUGGACUUAGACACAGCUCACAUCUUCUGUCAGUGGCAGUGCUGUCUGCAGAUGGGGAUGUAUCUCAAUCAGCUGCUGUCCGCUCCUCUCCCGGAACCAGACCUAACUCGACUGUACAGUGGAAGCCUGGUACACGGACUGUGCCGACAACUGCUAACAUCGACUUCUGUAGAAAGUCUCCUGAGCGUGUGCCCUGAGGCGAAGCAACUUUAUGAACAUCUGUUCAAUGCCACAAGGUCAUAUGCCUCUGCCGAAUUAUUCCUACCAAAGGGUAAAUCAAAUUCAAAAAAAAAAAGGCAGAAGAAACAAGGUACCAGCUGGUCAAAGAACAGAGUGGGAACCACCUCAGACACUAAAUGCUGGUACGAGGGAAGCAAUCGGUUUGGGCUACUAACGGUUGAAAACUUGGAAGAACAUAUUGAGCUCUCAGAGCUUGAAUAAACUCGGUCUGCAACAAGAUGUACAGUUUUUUCUUUUUUUUUUUAAAGUAGGCUGCACACCUAAUGUGGGGCUUGAACUCACAACCCUGGGAUCAAGAGUCCCAGAUGCUCUACUGACUGAGCCAGCCAGGCACCCCCAGAUGUGUAAUUCUUAAAACUUUGAUUACCUCCCUUCAAAUGAUUAACUUUUUUCUUUACAACUAAUCUGUUAGGGGAUAAACAUUGUAAGAGGCGAUCUUUGAAUUCGAGGGUAUUUUGUAUUCCGUUUUUAAUAAAUACAAUCUGAUUUAAGAAA